CAACGAUGACUACUUCUUCCGCUACCUCGGUAGCUUGCUAGCAAACGUUAAACCGAAACGUUGAAGCUCUUUACACAAACGUUGUGCUUAUUAAGUGUUUUCAACACACUGUCGUCAUAGUUACUAAUUACUCCAUUUACGUUGUCUGCUACCUGGCUUGUUAUGUUAGUUUAAUUAUAGGCUAAUCGCUAAUGCUAACUAGCAUCCCCAACCAUGAGCUCACUAAGCUACUCCCCCCCUGCUAAAGAAGAGGAGGUCUACUGGACGGAGAAAGAAGCUCUGGGGCUGAACGUUGUUGUGAAAGAGGAAGAAGAGGAGGAUGAUGAAGAGGUUUCAGUUUUUGGAGAGGAAGAAGCUUUCAGAAUAAUAAAGGAGGAAGAGGAGGCUAUCACAUUGAAAGAAGAAGAGAAGGAUGUCAUGGCGAAAGGAGAGGAGGCCAUCUCAAUUAAAGAGAAGGAAGACGUUUUGGGAGUGAAAGGCGAGGAGGAGGGAGAGGAGCAGGAGACUGACGAUCUGAUUCACACCACAGGAGAGAGACCAGAUUCUAACACUGACAGCAGGAAGAGUCCCUCAGUGGAACCAGACCCAGAGACGCCCAAACCAGCAAGACGACACCCCUGCUCCCACUGUGGAAAGAGGUUUACUACAUUAGAACACCUGAAAGUACAUAAAAGAAUAAUACACUUGGGAGAAAAGCCAUACCACUGUUCAGACUGUGGUAAGGAAUUUAGCCGGCUAGAUGGCCUGAAACAACAUGAGAGAAUACACUCUGGAGAGAGGCCUCACCACUGCUCUCAGUGUGGAAAGAGUUUUAGCUGGUUAGGGAGCCUGAAAAUACAUGAGAAAACACAUACAGGGGAGAAGCCUUACCACUGCUCUCAGUGUGGAAAGAGAUUUUCCCAGUUAGGGCAUCUAAAAGGGCAUAAGAGAACGCACACCGGAGAGAAGCCUUACCACUGCUCCCAGUGUGGGAAGAGAUUUACCCAGUUAGGCAACCUAAAAAAUCAUGAGCUAAUACACUCUGUAUAUAAGCCUUACCACUGCUCUCAGUGUGAACAUACAUUUUUCUCAUUAGAUUCUCUGAGAAAACAUGAGAUAACACACUCUGAUGAGAAACCUUUCCAUUGUUCCCAGUGUGGCAAGAAUUUUUUUACAUUAGGGUCCCUGAAGGAACAUGAGCGAACACACACAGCAGAGAAACCUUACCAUUGUUCUAAGUGUGUAAAGACUUUUUCCUCAUCAAAAUACCUUAAAGAACAUAAAAGAAUACACUCUGGAGUGAAACCUUACCACUGCCCCCAGUGUGAAAAAAGUUUUGCCCGACCGAGGGACCUGAAAUAUCACGAGAGGACACACACAGGAGAGAAACCUUACCGCUGCUCUCAGUGUGGAAAGACAUUUUUUUAUCAGGACACAUGAAAAGACAUGAGCUAACACACUCUGUUGAGAAGCCUUUCCACUGCUUCCAGUGUGGGAAGGAUUUCACCCAGUCAAGAUACCUGAAAAAACAUGAGACAAUGCACUCUGUGGAGAAACCUUACCACUGCUCCCAGUGUGAAAAAAGUUUUUCGCGGUCUGGGGACCUAAAAUAUCACGUGAGGACACACACCGGAGAGAAGCCUUACCGCUGCUCUCAGUGUGGAAAGACAUUUUUUUUAUCAGGACACCUGAAAAGACAUGAGCUAACACACUCUGUUGAGAAGCCUUUCCACUGCUUCCAGUGUGGGAAGGAUUUCACCCAGUCAAGAUACCUGAAAAAACAUGAGCUAACACACUCUGUAGAGAAGCCUUUCCACUGUUCUCGAUGUGAAAAGAGUUUUAAGAAUUUAUGGAACAUGAAAGUGCACGAGCAAAGACACACAGAGGAGAAGCCUUCCACUGCUCCCACUGUGGGAUGAAAUGUACAUGGUUUCAUCAACCGAAAGAGCAUGAAUGAAUCUCUCACUCUGGAGAGAGAUGUCCGAAGCCAUUAUUUAUACUGUGUAAUUUAAUCCUUUUUUUUUUACAUUUGUGUACCUUUCACCAUCCAUAUGAAUACAGGAAAACAAUUAUUUCCUUCACCACUCAUCAAAACAGAACUGUGUGGACAAACCUGGACGUUCUUUAAAAGAACGUUGGUAAUUUUUAGAAUGUUGGGACAUUGUUUGAAUGUUUAUCAGGAAACACACAAAAGUGCUCCCUGUUGGCUGAUAUCUUUGACUGAGAACUGGGUUUGUCAUUAUGCCACAUUAAUUAAAUAAAGAUGGCUCUUCUAAAAGCUUCACACCAUAAACUGCUGAAUUUGUAAGAACUUUUCUUUCAUUUUGAUUUCUGCACAAAUUAAAAACGUGUCACUGACUCCCCCUAUGGAUUGAUGUUUCAGCAUUGUCUCUCUCCGUGAAAAGUUCUGUGUUCACCUGCCACGUGCGACAUAAACACACAGUAUGCUUGAGUAAGAUCAAUAUCCAUCUUCAUAAUACAGAUAGCAUGUAGCCUGAGCUAGAAUGUGAAGCUAACUAGUUGGCUAGCUUUAUACAGUUUAAGAGAGUAGAUCUAGCUAGCUUUAUACAGUUUAAGAGAGUAGAUCUAGCUAGCUUUAUACAGUAUAAGGCUGAAGGGCCUCUCCUAGGUUUGAGUAUGUCUAGAUAAAUCUAGCGCUCUCUCCAGACAUACUCAAACCUAGGAGAGGCCCUCAUAUAUAGAACACAACCCCUCUGAUGGUUCUGGUCAUGGUUGGGGUCAAACAAGGUUCAAACCGACCUUCAGACCCUCAAAAGCUGUGAUGUUUAAACUUUAUUUGUUGAUGUAGAACUUGAAAUAGAAUUGACUUUAGAUUUUUUUAAAGAUUGAUCUUAGACUAAAAUGUAGUUUAAAAACAAAGCCUUUUAUGAUUCAGGACUCUUGGUCUGUAACCCCUCCCUCACCUGCUGCUUUUAGUUGCUCCUCCCCAAGUCUUUGUCUUUAUUUGUAGAUAUUGAAUAAAGUUGGACUCAGAGUGCAACCUUGUCUCGCUCCCCAAUUCAUUUGUAAACUUUGAAUAAAGUUGUACAAAGACUGAAACUUUGUCUCGCUUCCAAAUUAAUUUGAAAAUGUUGAUUAAAGUUGGCCUCAGACUGCAGCCUUGUCUCGCUCCCCAAUUAAUUGGUAUAUAUUGAAUAAAGUUGGCCUCAGACUGCAGCCUUGUCUCGCUCCCCAAUUAAUUUCAAAAUGUGGAAUAAAGUUGGCCUCAGACAACCUUGUCUCUUGUCUUGAGAAGCUAUACCACUGCUCUCGUUGUGGAAAGACAUGGACCUGAAAUCACAUGAGAGAGAAGAGAGGCUGUGUUCUGACUUUUGUUUUUGACUGAGAAUUUGUGUUUUUGUCAUGAAAUAUAAAUGUAUAUA